CUCGCGAGAUACUGGGCGGGAACGCCCGCGGUGACUUCCUGUGUGGAAUCGCUGAGGGGCAACUUGGCGCGUCACUGCCAUGGACCCCUUCCUGGUACUGCUGCACUCGCUGUCCGGCAGCCUGUCGAACAGCGAUCUGAUGGAGCUAAAGUUCCUGUGCCGUGAGCGCGUGGGCAAACGAAAGCUGGAGCGCGUGCAGAGUGGCCUGGACCUGUUCUCAGUGCUGCUGGAGCAGAACGAUCUGGAGCGCGCCCGCACCGGGCUGCUGCGCGAGCUGCUGGCCUCGCUGCGCAGACACGACCUACUGCAACGCCUAGACGACUUCGAAGCGGGGACCGCGGCCGCGGCCUCGCCGGAGGAGGCAGAUCUGCGGGUGGCAUUUGACAUCGUGUGUGACAAUGUGGGGAGAGACUGGAAGAGACUGGCCCGUCAGCUGAAAUUGUCUGAGGCCAAAAUUGACGGGGUUGAGGAGAGGUAUCCCCGAAGCCUGAGUGAUCAGGUAAGGGAGACUCUGAGGGUCUGGAAGAAUGCCGAGAGGGAGCAAGCCACGGUGGCUGGACUGGUAAAGGCACUGCGGGGCUGCCGGCUGAACCUGGUGGCUGACCUGGUGGAAGAAGCAGUGCAGGCCCAGGGGUCUGUGAACGAGAGUGAGGUUGUGUCCCCAGUGCUGUGGGACCCAACCGUGUCUUCCUCAGAAGCACUGUGACCAGCCUGCUGCUCCUGUCAGGAGUCACUGUGGACUUAAUACACUCCGUGCUGCAUCACCAAGUGCCUUGGUUCCCAGAGCCAAGAAAGAAGACCUUGUGGAUCCAGGCCAGAGCCCGCUCGCAAGCUUGAACUGGCUCCUGAAGCAAAGCUGGAGGUAUAGAGCCUCUGCUCCCUGAGCUUUGCGGACCCAUGGCAGUUUCCCUUCGUGUUCUCCACUGCUGCUCCUUCCCCUGAGAGAAGUCCCUGGGCUCGCAAGGAGGAAGUUGGAGCUAAUGGCACACGUGUUGAAAGUUUGAGAGCCUUCCUGUUGUUCCCCGGGGAAGGACACCAACUCAGUUCAGAGCACUUGGCUGCCUCACAGUUGGGCUUGAGGACAUCUGUCCCAUUUCCUUGGAGGCCAUCAGAGAGCAGCACCUGCCGCCCAAACAAGUGGUCCUUGCAGGAGCCUGGCACACCUCACCCUGGCACACCAGCUCCUGCGAGCACUGAUUCUAAAAUGCAUUGUCUCCCCAAAUUGCUGUCUCCGGGAAGGACUGCUUUAAAGGGUGCCCCCCCCCCCUGUUUCUACCAUGGCCUUCAGACAAGUGCCCUGGGCCUAGAUGUGGGGGCUCCCUCUGAAAUCCUAGCACUUGAGAGUUGAGAAUUGCUGCACUCCAUGGCAACGUGAAUGAGAGCUACACAGGAGACCGUCUCACACAAUCAAAAGCAAGUGUCUCUACCUGGAAGCACCUGUGUUGCCCAGGAUUUCCGCUAUGUUAAUGACCCUUCUAAUCUCAGAAGUAGGGCAGGCUGACUACAGUGUCCUUACAGCCCUAGGUGCUAGUUGUGAAUGGGGUGGUGGGAUUUCCUGUCUGGUUUGCUUCACAUCAGCAAGGGGCCCUGACUUGCCACACCUAUGGCUGGGUACACCUUUGAUCAUAGCACUCAGGGAGAUAGAGGCGGGUGGAUCUCUGAUCUGUUAGUUUGAGAACAGCCUAGCCUACGUAGCAAACUACAGACCAGCUGAGACCAUGUGGAAAGACACUGUCUCAGAAGUUCAUGUCUGUAGUUGAGGCUCCCAGACACAGGGUUCACCUGACAGUGAAGAGCAGCACCUCAUGUCCUAACCCUAGUGUUUGCUUCACCAGUGGCCGGCCUGGGGCCUGUGCUCUAACGUGGGUCAAAGGCACUGAGGUCCUGUGCCCUCCUCUUCUCCUCUCUGCUCUACCCACGCCACCAGGCAGAUGACCCCUCAGCACACUUGGGAUCUCCUCACCCCCUUCCCCGUUAUUGUUGGUCCCUUCACUACUGCAUUCCUCGGGCUGCACCCUCCCCAGCCUCGGGCCUACUGUGCUUUUCAGUCCAACACCUAUCCUCUGGCUGAUCUGCCUUGCUCAAACUCUUGGCCAUCGAGGCCUCUCCUGACCACUCUGGGGACUCGUCCAGUUUUCUCUGACCUCAUAUCCCACCUGGCUGUAGCCACAACCCUCUUAUCUUGGCUCCCUAGUAUAUGCAAAGGCCUGUUCGAGGUCUCUGGUGGGUGUUUGCUGUGCUCCUCUCUAGUCCCUCCUCCUUUCCCCCCAUUUUGAGGGUUUUUGGUUUGUUUGGAAAUAGGGUGUCAUGUAACCCAGAUAUAACUUAGGUUGGCCUUAUAACUGAAGUGACCUUGAACUCCUUCCUGAUCAUCCUGCCUCUGCUUCUCAAGUGCCAUGGUCACCAGUGUGCAGCCUCACCCAGGCCCAAGUCUUUAGGGCCCACACUCUAGGCAGCCUAGGCAACCCCACUGAGACUUGCUGAUGCCUUUUAAGUGUCCUGUGGCAAGUCACAGAUUGGUGGACUUGGAUGUCACUUUUUUUCUUUUUUUUUUUAAUAGCUCAGGAGUCCCUCCCCUCAAGUGACAGUUUAGUAUCGGGUCUCAGUUGCUGCUGCUACAGAGCUUGUGGGCUACCACAGGAAUUUAUCCCUUUGUACAGAGUCCCUUCAACCAUGUUGGGGGAUUAAAGCAUGGGUAUCAUCAGGGACAGCACUCCACCAAUCUGCAUCUACCCAGCUUGUGCCCAGAUUUGUCCUGGAUGCGUCAACAUAGUCCCACUCUCCUGUUAAUAGCCAGUCAGAGCCCACACUCACCUUGCCUACCCUUCACUCCUCAGCUCCUAGCAGGACCUUGGCUCCUGCCCAUCCCCCACCAAGGGUUGGAACCACAGACCCGCCUGUUCCUAGAAGCCAGCUGCCCUGCAUAUUUUUAGCUUCCUAUUUUUGAAUUCCACAAUCAUUUCUGAGUCAUCCAGCUGACUGCCUUCUGGUCACAAGUUCCCUGUGUGGACCAUAUUUCAAACCAGACAGUGGAACAUGAUGUGAUGGAAUGUGUGAUGUAGCCACCAUGGACCAUGGCCUUCUAGUAGCUGAUGUAAAGGCAGUACUGGUUUGCUAGAAGAUGUGGGCUAGGAAGCCCACACAAUCUCAGGUCAUGUGCUGAGUGGAGGCUGGCCUGAGGGAUACUUGCCGGCCACAGGACUCAUUGUCACCAAGGCUUCACUGAGCCAAAGCCAAGUGACAGGGCUGGAGGUUU